AUGAGGUGGCUUAAGUUGAUAAUGUUGUUGGCAAUGAUAAUUCUCAUGUUGGCGGAAGUGGAAGCAGCAGAGGCGGAGGCAGCGUCGCUCGGUGGAGUGAGCCGUUUCCUGGCAGAAAGGAGCAUCAAGUGCAACAAGUACCCCAAAAUAUGCCGAGCCAGGGGCAGCUCUGGGCCGGACUGCUGCAAGAAAAGAUGCGUGAAUGUUGGCACGGAUAGAGUGAACUGUGGGAGAUGCGGGCAUAAGUGUAAGUUUUCAGAGAUAUGUUGCAAGGGGAAAUGCGUCAACCCUUUCACGCACAAGAAGCACUGUGGAGGCUGCGGCAACAAGUGCGAUCAAGGGACCAAAUGCACCUUCGGAUUAUGCAGCUAUGCUAAUUGA